GGGUUGCGGUCAAGCUUUGGUCGCGAGGGCGAUGUGCCGGGAGUGGUCCGGCUCAAGUUGUUGGCUUGCAUGCUACUGCCUGAAAAGAGCUAAGGCCGAUGCGAUGGGUUGCAGCGCGCGCCGCGGCCAUUCCUGCGGUACUGGUAAGACUUUGGUCGGAUUGCUCGCGCGCCAAACACCGCCUCUCGGCGCUCGUUGAUUGCAUUGCGCUAGGCAUAGGGCGAAGCGCAAUCUUGCUGGCCUCAAGACAGGCCGACUAGCGGCGCACGCGAGACGUGACCUGAUGUGACCGCCUGUGACAUUGCGGAGCCUAGUUGGGCAUGCGGUGUACCCGUGCGGCGGCCGUGGGCGGCGGAGUUCCGUCGCAGCAGGCUUGGAACAGGCUAUGUAUAGCUCUCAGCCGACCCAUUGGAACCGGUCCAAUCACUGGGCUCACUGCGGGUAAACCCCAUCACUUCAACGACAUUCACUGCUGGAGCAGCGCAGUCGCGGUGAUGCAAUGCACGCUCGUGGUGCGCAGGACCAAACGCAUGUUGCAGGGUGUUGUCGGCGAAGUCAGUCCACCUGUGCGUCAUCCGGCCAGCGGACAACCUGGCAAAUCUGUCAGUCCGUGGAUGGACACACCCACUUUCACGAAUCGGCGGGUGCGAGGCGUCUUCCGCGGGCGCAAAAAAAACCCACCGAACCAAAGGCCAAGCUCAGGGGGGAGGCUUGGCCUUCCUGCAUCCGCACCGGUCGUACAGGUGGGAAUGCACGCUUUGUGGAAGACGUCAUGAGACCGCGGUCAUUUUUUCACGUGGACCGGUCAAUGAUGCAAGGUACGCAUGCUGGAGGGAUG